CUCCCUUGGUUUAUCACGUGACGUUUUGUAAUAACGAGAUAAGGAAACAGUUGAUGUUCAGAAAAAAAUCCGUGUUGCCACAUUGUUGAAGAAAAUAUGAGUGUUUCGAAGGGGCUUCUUUCAGCUUUGCUGUCUGUCAGUCUUUUUGAAACGGCCUGGUGUUAUGCACAGUGUGGAGCUACUUUCUGUACAGCUUACAGCGCAUACUGCUGUGCCUUUGAUAGGGCAUCCUGCUGCUACCAUUCAGUCUACAGUUUUUGGUGGUUCUGGUUUAUCUGGGUGAUCAUCUUCCUUCUGUUCGCCUGCUGCUCGAUCUGCUGUUACCGUCGACGCCGAUAUCAAACCUCCUACGUUAUGGUCCCUGACCACCACCCUCCAGCGUAUGGGACUGUGUCUGUAUCUGUGGCCCCUCCUCCCUACCCAGCUGUUCAGCACCAAGCAGCCACUGCCCCGCCCCCAUACCAGCCGGAGCAAAAACCGCCUGCAUAUGUCCCGUAGGAUUUCUCAGCUUCGAUUCAUCAUGAAACAUCAUGACUGAAACUGGGGACGUCUCAGUCUACUGGUGCAUCACCACUUUACACCGGACGUUCUAACUCACAAUACGCCUACCCAAUGAUGUAUUCAUGUUUUGAAUCUAUUUUUAUAGCGUUACACGUACUGUGUGCUGCAAUAACCUUCCGUGAUAACGUCUCUGGGUAGUGUCUGUAUGAUAUGUACCAGGUAUCGAUAUGCGAGGUAGGCGUAUUGUCACAUUAUACCCUGUAACUUGUUUUUACUGUGAAUCUGUCAGACUCACAGAAACACUUUGAUUGACAAGAUGUCCAUAACCAAUGGUUCAGCUUUGUGAGACCUAUCUUCGGUGGGUGAAGGUAUGAAGACCUUUCUAUUCCACUGAAUCCAACAUGAGUUCUACCUCAGCAAAUUGUUUACGACGUUUACGUUUGAAUGAGAAUGAACCUCUUUACAUCACUUGCAUAGGUUAAAGCCAAUAGAUCUUAUAAAAGCUUAUAUGAGGGUUUGGGAAUGCAUUGCAAGCAUUUUCAAGUAUUUGAAUCACACAGAUUU